UUCAGAGACAAUCAGUGAUUUAACUUUUUAUUUUCCCAAAUGUCUUAUAAUCUCACGAGAGGCGGGAAAAUGAUGAUUUCGGCCAUGAAACGGGAAGAACUGAUCAUUAGAAGGAGUCAAUCAGAGGAUGCUCAGUGGAUCAAUACGCUGAUCGGGUCCGCAGAAGAGGCGGUGUUUGGACGGAUCGAUGUCAUCAAUCUGCUUUCAGAGGAAGGGGUCCUGGAGAAGUUUGCGCCGCUGCAGCGUGUGAGCUACCCCGGGCCUCCGUGUUCAGGUUUUAUCUGCAGCAGAGAGGAUCACUGUCAGCGGCUGCAUGUACGCAGAGCCAGGGCUGCGGAUUAUGAUGACAUCAUGCUGAUGGUCAGACGGCAGGAGACGGAGCUGCCGGCACUGAUGGACUUGAUACAGAACCAGAACUGCCAUGCUACCCUUCUGGAGUCUCCAAAGGAGGAAGGACGCGUCGUGGGCUUCAUCACAGUCACCUCUGCGCUUCCUGAGGAGCUUCUGCUGGAGAACUUUGACCUCAGCCAGUUUGAAGGUUUCUACAGAGAAGAACAGCAGAGGGAAGAAGAGCCGAAUCAGAACCGUCAGAACCAGGACCAGCAGCGUCCGACCUGCCCGGAUCCCACCGGGCCAAACUGCUUCUGCAUUCAGCAGUUUAUAGCUGAGAGGGAAUUCCAGAGCAGAUCAGCCGACUGUUUCCCGUAUUUGUUCCAGCUGUUCCCUGACCUGGAUUAUUGUUUGAUCGCCACUCCAUCUGCGGGUCCAGAGUUCCCCUGGUUACAGUUCCCCUGGUUACAGAACUUUGCCCUGGUGCCACCGCGCCCUGGCACCUCAAUGCUCACCAGUCUCUACAUCCUCCAUAGGUCCAGAUUCAGGAGUGUUGAUGUCAGGCGAGCUGUUCCUGCAGACCGACAGCCCGUCUAUGACCUGCUAAAAACUUUGAAUCUCACCGGAUCGGUUCUGGAGGACCUGGACUCUUUCUUCAGGACGCGCAGUGACCCGGAUGGAGCUUCUCUGCAGGCCUUUGUUGCCCUGCUGGGCCGUCAGGUGGUCGGAAUAAUGAUCCUCAGAGACGAGCAGGAUGUGGAGUACCUCCGAGCACGCUACGACAUCGAUAAGCUGAUCUGUUUCAGUCGCCAUGGCUACGAGGAGCACGCUCACAUCCGCCACUUUGUCCUGAAGCCCUGCUUCUAUCACAUCACCAAGCACUGGUUCAAGAAGGUUCUGCGGAUGGCCCACAAGUCCUGCCUGUACCACCGGAUCUACUCACCUCUGCUCACAGAGGAGACCUCCUGCUGCGUUCAGCCCCUGGACUUCCUCCUGAACCGGUCAGUUCCGGUUCGGCCUCGGCAGCAGAUCAUCUACCCGCUGGAGGAGCUUGGCACUAACGCCCCGUCCCGGUGGAUCACAGAGGACCAGGCUCCGUUUGCCCUUAACCUGAUCAGCAAACAUUUCUGGAUGGAGCAGAAGGUGCGGAUCAACACCAGCGUGGUGGUGGUGGGGGCCUCAGACACGGCGCUGUCUUUACUGGAGGAGUUGUGUUUCUGCCCCCACCUGAGACUCACCAACCUCACCCUGAUUUCAACCCAUGGUUUCCCUGGAAACUACGACCAUCAUCAAGUUGGAUUUCUGUCCACGAGCCACGCCUUCAGCAGCAGAGGCCUGGCCCAGACCCCCCUGCUCUCCUGCAUCCGUGUGAUGGAAGGAAAGAUGGUGAAGAUCAACAGAAAGUCCAAAUUCGUCCUGGUUUCUGAUGGGAAGAAGGUCCGAUAUGACUACCUGAUCCUCUGCACAGGCCUUCAGUACCAGGUCCCCUGUCCCACCGGGGUGGAUAUCACCCAGCCUGUUACAAACAGCCAGCUGGACCCCGAGGUCUUGGAGUGCAGCUUCACGGGGCCCAUCCCCUCCAACCUCUUCACCAUCAACGACCUCCAUGACGGCAUGGCCGCCCACCGCUGGCUCCUGGACAACUUCCUGAAUAUAGAGGAUCACGCCAUCGUUUACGGGAACAGCCUGGAUGUCUACAUCACCGUAGAGACGCUCCUCAGUCUGGGCAUCCCUGGACCCCGCAUCCACCUCACCCUCCCCCCCUCAGCGCCAGGCGCCUCCUACUUCCCAGACGCCGCCGUGGAGAAGGCUGUGGAGGAGUCCAUGAGGACGGCCCGGGUCCAGGUCCACCAGAACUGCAUCCUGGCUCAGAUAAACGACGGGGGGCCGCCCGACCCCAUCACAUCCGUAUCCUUCACCACCGACUCAGAGCCUCUCCGUCUGCAGUGUGGAGUCUUCAUCAACCUCUCCAAUAAAAGGGUGGACCAUGACAGCUACCAGAGCAUCACUGGUUGCUUCCUGCCCUUUCUUGACCGACUGCUGAUAACCAGCCGCUUCCUGACCUGCGACGCCUCAAUCUACGCCGCCGGGCCCCUCACCAAGUUCGACUGUCGGCACCACUCAGACGAAUGGACCCACUCCAGCUUCAGCUCCAAGGAGGUGGGCCGGGACCUGGCAGCCGUGCUGCUGUGCCUCCUGGAUCCGACCCGGGCGGCGCCGCAGGAGCCCCCGUCCGAGGCAGAUCUUCUGAUCCCGCUUUACAAACAACCUAAGAUCCAAGGAGGGACUCUUCCUGGUGGACAUCACUUCCUGCAUGUGACCAAACCGUCUCCGAGCAUCUGGACGGGUCCUCCUGUCCAACGUGGUGAAGGCAUCACGACUGGACGACCUGAGACCGGGAACUACUUCAGCCUUCAUCUGAGCCCCCUGGAGACGGUGGAGACCAUCACCUGUCUGUCCCUGAAGCCCCUCCCCGUCUCCAACUACCUGAAUCUGUUUGGGAAGCACCAGGAGCUGCUGGGCCACCUGCUGAACCGCUACCGACAGGGCCUGGUCCAGGACCUUUACAGCUUCUUCCAGCAGAGCUGCUGUUUGCCUGUUUUCCACGACAGGUUCUCCGACCUCCAUCAGAGGAUGAUGAAGAUGAUGUCACCCGAGCAGAAGGACGGUGACGUUGAGGAUGACUCCCCCUGCCUUCCUCAGGCCGGUCCGAGUGACGCAGACCGACGGGCGGCUCUGAGGAGCAGCGCUCUGAAGUUCCUGCUGGAUAACAGGAACCUGCUGCCCAUGUUCUCCAUCCCAGAGCAAACCAGAUCUUUAAGAGAGAAACUGUAGGAGCCAAUCAGUGAUCAGUUCAACGAUACCAAUAAAAAGGUUAGAAGAUUUAUACAUGUGUGGUUUUUAAAUGAUUCUUUUCAAACAUUCAAACAGGGAACCUCUGAUGCAGUUUUUGGGCUUCCUGCUCGCUGUCAUCCACUGACAGCCGUUAGCAGAGGAGGCAGUUAUGCUGGAAGCAGCGCUACCUUCAGCAGGUCUAGCGCCCCUAGUGGCUCAAAGUUACAGCGUGUUGCUCUAA